UGGCAGUACAUAAUCUAAUUCUUGAAAGCAAACCUGCAGCGCAGCUAGCUGUCGAUGGAGGCUGGCUUGUAGAAUGAUAAUGUUGGCUCACGAAUAGUGCUAGCGACAUGCUGCCACUCAAGCUAGCUUCACAAUGGUGCCCCUUGCUCCAGCGGCAAUCCCUGGGACAACUGUACAGAUCUGGCAUUUGUAGAAGUCAGUUAGGAAGCAGGUACAUUCACUCAAGCAAUCCAACAUACAGAAUACGCAUCUUCUCGCGCACUCCUACCGAAGAUGGUCAGACUGUGACGACGCAGGUCACUGGUGAGGCUCCGUUGCCAGGUUCAGCACCCACACCACCGCCACCACCAGGUGGAGUAGCACCGGCCGCCACAGAUGGCUCCAAGUUCAGGGAGCAUGGACUGGGGUACGAUGACUACCGUUCGCCGAGAAAUCGCAACACAAAGUUUCAUGAAAAGCAGCAGCGUGUUGUGGAGGAGGUUGACGAGGAGGUGCGUGACCGGGUGAGAGACAAUUACGCCAUUGCCAGGGCAGAGAGGCUAGCAGGUCGUGAAGCUCAGCUUGCUGCUGCUGAAGAAAUGGGAGAAUUGGAAGAAGAGGCAGAAGAUGGCUUUGAAAUGUUUGAAGAGGCCAUAUCAAGCAAAGAUGCCUUGCUCCAAGAUCGUCAAGCACCAGUGCAGAGGCCCGUUGGAUCUACAAGAGACAUAUAUCACUCUGCAGAUGCGCUAUCCAACCUGCGCAAGGAGUUUCCCUUGACGCCUGCGGAGGUAGCUCUGGGGAAGCCUGGCGCACCAAUAGAAUCGCGCGAGAAGCCCGAGAAGCUCCUGACAAUGCCCAAAUUUGGCGGAAAGUCCUUUCCCAACCUGGACUUGACCCGCUUGCCAUGGAAUCCAGAUGAAGUGGCAACGUGGGUGGUGAAAUAUGGUACCAACGUUGAACAGCCGCUUUCCAAUCAGAUGACUUUGCAGACCUCUCUCAAAGUACUCGCGCAUCGGUCUCCUUACAAUGACCGGUUUGUGAAAGCACCCAGUAUCUACCACUUGAUGACUUUGCUCAUGAAGCUGGAGAAGGAUAGACCCUUGGAAUCAAACUAUAUCAGCUUCUUGAAUGCACUGUUCACCAAUACUAGAUAUGGACAGCAUCGAUUCGUAGUGGACAUGUUGUUCGAGGAGCCAAAGCUAACUCGCAAGCACUCGCCCACCGAGCGCCAGCAAACCCUUCAGGCCAUGUUUGCACGUAUCGUCCAAGUCAUCGGCGUGCACCGCGUCUACCGGCUUAGCGACACCGGUGCGGCGGUCUGCAUGGGUGCUCUUCACUUGCUAGGUGGCCAGAGGCUGUGGACUCCCAAGGAUAUGGGCUUGCAUGCCCAGCGUGUCAACAAAAUGAACCUCGAUAGCUCGCUUGUGUUUGCAGACGCGCUGAGCCGUGUGCCAAGCUGGCAGCAGGGAAGCCGCCAUAAGGCUCUUCUGCGAGCAACACUACGGCACAUUGCCAGCCUGGUCGGCUUCCACCAGCAACCAAGACAGUCGGAGGUGUUUGAGAACCCCGUGCAAACCCGCUCCAAACCCACUGCAGCCAAUUUCAAGAAUGAGCACUUAGUUGCGUACUUGCAAGUCCUGGCUAAGUCCCUGAUGUACCCCCGUGAUGGCUGGCCAUAUCUGAUGCGCCAUCUGCGUGGCUCUCUUUGGUCCCAUUCGCAAGUGGAAGUCGGUAUCCUGGCAACCUGCAUCUCCUUCUUGUGCCUGCCAACAGACGACAAGUUCCUGAAUGCAUUUGCGCUUCGCAUAGAGGACGACGUGGCGUUUUUCCCGCUCACUAGUCGCAUUGAGGCAAUCCACCUGAUGCUUGAUCGUGGCAAGCGCUGCAAUGCAAGUGUAGCCAAUCUGCUACAGGAGGUGCAUCAUGUGAAUGACCAUUUCAUUCGAACGCAUCCCUACAUGGCGGCCAAGCUGUACGAUGUACUGAUGCUCCUGUGGUACACCGACCGGCCACGCUUUGAAGACAACAAGCAGCUGCGUGUCGUGUUCAUCCGCGAGCACCUCCUGCGAUGCAAGGAGGUUUUACGCUCUAGCUACUAUGCACCGCCCGAUCUCUUGGCCGAUGCCGACGUGGUGGCUUCGGACGACCAGGCACCGUUCGAGUCACUGCUCUUGCCGUUGCUAACGCCACUGCAGUGCACAGCGCCACCGGCGGACGUCAAGUCCAUGCCGACGACGGUCAGCGAGCAGCAGGAGGCCGACAUUCGCCUGGCGCAGAAGGACGCGGCGAGCGUCCUCUACCACUGCGUCGUGAACGGCGUGUACGUGAGCGCGGCGCUGCUCUGCGACGACGACGGCAAUCUAGUGCCGUGGAGCACCGUGGAGCACGUACUGGCACCGCGGCCGGCAUGGUGGCGCAACAAGUUCCGCCUGUCGCACGUCCAGGACGGCGAGAUCAUCAGCGAGUCCACGCUGCAGCUGGACGACGAUGACUUCUUCGACGAAGACCUGCUGUCUCUGGACGGCAAGGACGCAGAUGGUCGGGUCAAGUCUAGAUCUUCUGGGCAGCUGGGAGAUGGCCUGGGUAAGCGGAAGGUGCUUGCCAAAGUUGACUCUUCCCAGGACAAUGAAAUGUUAGCUAGUGAAGAGAGCAAUGCACUUCUCGAUGCGAAACGAAGGAAGAAGAUGAAGAAACUUGGUCGGCAACGCCGCUACAUCACACUGGACAAAUAUAAGCUGGAGAGUGCCGGCCUCACAGUACGUCCCAUUGCCAUCACUGUGUAUGAUGAUGAUAUGGCGCUGCUGAAGCCGCACAGUGCCCGUAUUUUCAAUGGCUUUGUCGCCGCUCAAAGUAACAUCCUUUACCAAUCUGGCUGGGCAUCCAUUUCGAUGCUGGCGUCAGAGCUCUCGCCAGACCUCUCAACCAAGCAGCGACAGGCUGUCCUUUACCAGAGUAUUAGCACACUGGUGAAUGUGCCUCCGCGUGGUGACUUGUCGCAUGCAUCGGACGCGCUAUCCGAUGCGGGAGAGGAGUAUGAGGACGAUGAGGAGGAGCACUGACCCGAGCAACAUGCUCAUUUUCUUGAGAGAACAAAAGAAAGAACAGAAACGUUUGAAGAAGCUCUUGCCAGUUCGCUUGUAUGACAGCAGCAGUUGACUACUACUUGAACUUGAAGCAUGUGCGGGCAUGCAAUGGCAAGGGUUAGUUUCACCUGCUGUAGAACUGCAUGUGCAAUGGGACGAUGUGGUGAAGCCCUAGAUUCAUGAUAGGCAGUCAGCAGGGUGGCGCAGUGUCCAAUGUCCAGUUCCUACAUCCGCUGAAGUGGCGGUUUGCUUUGUGCAGCUGCAGACCCUGAUCUUACGGAGUAUGCAGUUGGUUGUGUACGGGUCGUACUCUUGGUACAACCUGGAACAGCACCAAUAUUGCAAUGGUGACUGGGGCGGUACAACUUCUUAGGGGGCUGCAUUUUGACUGCGUUUUCACUGCAUUUUUCAGUUUAUCAGUAGGGUUGAGAUAAAAUUUGAAGAAGAGUGCCAUCUACCACCUUUUCCUUUCCCACAUCCGUUCUACUCUACUCCUCCAAGUAGAUAAAAAUGAACGCAGCCUGAGUCUCAUGAUUAAAAACUAAAAAUUAA